CGGCUAGCUCCAUCAAUCUCUCCCGUCUCCCUCCCCGAUUCCCACGCGGCCCGCCCCCCGGCCACCGCACGGCCGCUCCCGACCUCCGCACCCUCCCCUCCGGCUCUCCCGAGGCCUUGCCCGGCCAGCUAGGCCAGCGGGAACGGUGCAGCGCCGCGGCCGCCGCGCACCUCGUCGCGCGGCCGCACCAGGCUCCGACCGCGCACCUCGGCACGCCGGAGACGGCCUAGAUCCCCGUCGCCUCGGGCCCCACUCCCCACAAUCCGCGGCCAUGAAUAGCGGCGGCCGCACGGGCGCCCAGCCGCCCGCCUCCCUUCCUCCUCGCCCUCCCCUCCUGGCUCUCCCUGGCCCCCGCCGGCCAGCUAGGCAGGCAGCGGCGUCGGUGCCGCGCUCGUCGCAGCGGCCCCACGCAGUCGUACCAGGCUUCGGCCACUCGACCCCACCGCCAGCAGCACAAUUAGGAGGAGGAAGCAUUCGAGCUGGCUCACGAGCUAAAUGAGCCAGCCCGAGCUGGUAAACGAGCCGAGCCCAACUUUUAGCUCGUUGUAAUGACGAGCUGAGCCGAGCCAGCUCGUAAUCUUAUCGAGCCAGCUCAAGCCGAGCCGAGCCGAGCUGGCCCUACUGGUCUACUCGUGUCCCUAGGUAAAACUGUUGAGUACCUGACGUUUGCGAAGUACCUGGUGAUUUUGCGGCGGCGACGUUGGCCUGGUGUUGUGAAUGUUUUCUUUUCCCUCUUCAGCCGGCACAAAGAGGGUGUUCCCGUGUGAUUUGGUCGCGCGGGUAGGAAGCCUAUAUCUUUAUAUGUUUGUUUGAUGCGAAAGAACAGUGUCACGGGCUCACAAGUCUAUUGUGGUUAGUGGUUCGAAAUCAAAUGUUUGUACACAAAGGAGGUGAUUUGAAAAACUAGGCAGGUUCUUGCUGCCACGCAAAGCAUGCUAGUGUCUAGCCUUUGUAGCGGUUGGAUUUCACCAGGCAAGUAGUUAAAGAAAGGCACAUGGAAUUCAGGAAGCGCCCAUUGCGUGCAUUUGGUGGUUCAGAGACGAGCAACACAAUUCUUGAUGUAUCAGGUUUAUCUGGUGGUGAUGGAGGAUGAUCCAGUCAUUUCUUACAAAGUGAACCGCAAGCAUGUCAUGAGAGGCGAGGAAGCUCAGAAGUACAAACGAGUGGCCACAACAAAGCAUGACAGCUUCCUGGACUCAUUUCUCCCAAUAGGAUCUUACAAGAAACUGUACAGUUACACUCACUUGAUUAAUGGAUUUGCUCUCCAUGCUGAAUCUGAGAAGACGGUUAGAAUUCUUAGCCGUGCAAAAGGAGUUAGACUUAUCCAAGAAGACAUCAAAAUGACCAAGAUGACAACACACACUCCAAAUUACAUUGGAGCUAGUGGAGUCUGGCCACUCCUGGGUGGUGCUGAAAAUUCUGGUGAUGGGGUGGUGAUUGGCAUGAUUGAUACUGGCAUCGACCCCAAGAACCCAAGCUUUGUUAGCAGUAACAUGUCAAGCCAAGCAAAAUCACCACCAGCUAGUUUCAAAGGAAUGUGUCGUGCUGGGAAUAGGUUUCCUCCAGAUUCAUGCAGUGGUAAGAUAGUGGGAGCUAGGUGGUUUGCGCGUGCUGCUCAAGCGACUGGAGAGUUCAAUGCUACAAUUCACUAUGCAUCUCCUUACGAUUCAGAUGGUCAUGGCAGCCACACCGCAUCGAUUGCAGCUGGGAAUUUCCAUACGCCAGUAAUAUCCAGAGGCUACAGCUUUGGGUAUGCAAGCGGCAUUGCCCCUGGAGCUCGACUCUCAAUCUACAAAGCUGCCUAUCCUUUCGGUGGAUAUAUGUCAGAUGUGAUAGCUGCAGUCGACCAGGCUGUAGAGGAUGGUGUGGAUGUUAUAAGUCUUUCUAUGGCUCCUUCUUCAAUUUCAUCUGGGCCAGCAUCUUUCCUCAAUUUGCUUGAGGCACAACUUCUCCUUGCCACCAAAGCUGGAGUCUCAGUUGUUCAAGCAGUUGGCAAUGGAGGCCCCGAUGAGAACACAGUUGUUUCUUUCAGCCCAUGGAUAUUGAGUGUUGCUGCUUCGACGACAGACCGGAAGUAUAGAAAAUCAAUCAUAAUUGGCAAUGGGAAAGCAUUCUCCUGUGGCACUCUUUCUGCACCAACACCAGGUGAAAUAAUGUACCCACUAGCAUGGGCUGAUGAUGUGAUAGUUGAGAAUUCAACCGACGAAGGGGCUAACAAAUGCCGAGAUCCAAGGAUCUUCAUCAAACCUCUUGUCCAGGGAAAGGUGAUUAUUUGCACGUUCGACUCAUCAGACUACUAUGAUGACGUCAGCCUUGCUAGCAUCGUCGAUACAAUUCAGAAAAUUGGAGCUGCUGGAGUCAUUGUCACUGAUCGUUCUACGCACGACGUUGACAUUGAAUUUGAGCCUACAUUUCCCACAACAGUUCCUUCAGCCAUAGUCCUGAAGGGUUCUGACAUGCGGGCUCUAAUGCAGUACUACAACAAUAACACGGUUCGAGAUGAAGACGGAAACGUUCUCAGCUUCGGAGCCACCGCCCGGAUUCUGGAGGGACGGCGUGCUACCUACACGGGAGAAGCACCUGUCGUCGCCGAUUACUCGUCGCGGGGACCAGACGUGGAGAACUCGCAGAUGCAGCCAGCAGAGGUGCUGAAACCGAACGUCAUGGCGCCAGGGCAUCUUAUAUGGGGAGCCUGGAGCCCGACGAGCUCCGCCCUGCCGGAGAUCCACGGUGAGAACUACGCGCUGCUGUCGGGCACAAGCAUGGCCGCCCCGCACGUCGCCGGGGUGGCGGCCCUGAUCAAGCAGAGGCACCCGACGUGGAGCCCCGCCAUGGUCAUGUCCGCGAUCAUGACGAGCGCGGACGCGACCGACCGGUCGGGGCGGCCCCUGAUGGCGAGGGGCGACGAGGGCUCCCUCGGCCCCGCGACGCCGUUCGACAUGGGCGCCGGCGCCGUCAACGCGGCGCGCGCCCUGGACCCGGGCCUGGUGUUCGACGCCGGGUACCGGGACCACCUCCAGUUCCUGUGCGCGGUGCCCGGCGUGGACGAGGCCGCGGUGCUCCGCGCGGUGGGCGCGCCGUGCCCUCCCCGGGCGCGGGCGGGGGCGGGGGCGGCGCGCUGGUGCUCGGACCUCAACUCGCCGAGCGUGACGGUGGCCAGCCUGGUGGGGUCGCGGCGCGUGGACCGGCGGGUCACCAGCGUCGGCGCGCACAACGAGACGUACAUGGCGUACGUGCGCGCGCCGGAGGGCGUGGCUGUGCGCGUGUCGCCCGCCGAGUUCGCCAUCACGCCGGGGGCGGCGCGGACGUUGCGGAUCGUGCUCAACACCACCGCGCCCGGCAACGCCUUCAGCUUCGGCGAGGUGGUGCUCAGGGGCGACAGGAAGCACCGGGUCCGGAUCCCCCUCGCCGUCUAUCCCGCGGCGGCGCUGAGCCGGUGAACUCGCGGCACGAAACCAUGCCACUCUCCUAUAGCUCAUAACACGCGUGUACGCACACAUAAUGAAAUAAAGCACGUGUGUUCCGAUGUAA